AUGAAUGUUAUAGCUUGGAACUGUCGGGGCCUAGGCAAUGUCAAGGCAGUUCCCUGUAUCAAAGACCUCGUCCGUGUCUAUAAACCGGACAUUCUUAUUCUCAUUGAGACUUUAUGCAAUAAUAAUAAAAUUUUCAGUUUGAAGUAUUCUGUUGGCUUCGAUCAUCAUUUUUCUGUUGACUGCAUUGGUCGUAGUGGCGGCCUAGCCGUUCUAUGGCGUAAUUCUGCACACUGUUCUAUUACUAGUUAUUCCCUAAAUUUCAUUAAUAUGUCUAUCCAAGACCCCAUCAAAGGUCCUUGGCGCCUUACAGCAUUUUAUGGCUAUCCGGAACAUGGUCGACGACGUAAUUCUUGGGAUCUUCUUCGAUCUCUACACACUCAGUCUGACGAUCCUUGGUGCAUUAUAGGAGACUUCAAUGACCACUUAUCUUCUUUUGAUAAAAGAGGGGGACCUGACCGACCCCGUUGGUUAAUUCAAGGAUUUCAAGAAGCUGUUACUGAUUGUGGCCUUACGGACCUUCCCCUCAUCGGAUACCAAUUCACGUGGUUUAAGAGUAUCGGUACUAGUCAUGCCAAAGAAGCACGUAUUGACAGAGCUCUCUGCUCGGCUCCCUGGCAGAAUCUAUUUCCUCAUAACUCGCUGCAAACCUUAGUGGCCCCCAUGUCUGACCACACGCCACUUCUUCUUCAACAUGACCCGGCAACAUGGCGUACACCCCACAACAGCUUUCGGUUCAAUAAUUCUUGGCUUAUUGAACCAGACUUAUCACACUAUGUCAAAGAUAACUGGAGUUACUAUCCAACCAGCAAUAUUGUUACUAAGCUUAAUUAUUGUGUUGAGGAUAUGAAGCUUUGGAGCAAGGCUAAUCACCCGCACUUCAAUCAAAGAAAAAUGCAGCUGAAAAAUCAGAUUGAAACUAUGCGCGCUUCAAAUGAUGCCACUGACAAUCCUCGGCUCCUUGAACUCCAGAACAGCCUCACAAAUCUUCUGCUUCAAGAGGACGUUUACUGGCGGCAACGUUCAAAAAUUUAUUGGCUCAAGGAUGGUGAUACUAACAGCAAAUUUUUCCAUUGCACAACUUCGUCUCGUCGCCGGAAAAUAUGA